ACCUCACGUGAGCGGGCAGGCCCACCGAUCCAUGCAUGCAUGCUGCUGGAAUUCAAUGUUUCCCGCAUGCAAACUUCGCACCCAAACAUGACAAGCCUGGCGAGGUUCGGCGGCUGCCCUCUCCCGCGCGGCGUCAACCCCGGGGAGAGGAGCAGCGAAGCCAGCGUGGUGCUGCCACCUUUGGCAGGGGAGCAGUGCACGGGACUCCCCACUGGCACUUCCUUAAAACUCUGCCCCUCGCACUCUUUGCGAGACUACCCCGAGACGAGGUCCAGUGCAUACGUUGACAACUCGCUCGCCCGCUUUGCCGACCCGGGCUACUUCGAGCACACCGGCCCCAGGGGCUUCAUCCUCGGAGGCGCCAUGCCACCGGGCACCGACCAGCUGGCAUCGUCCCGGGGGAACCAGCAUGGUGGUGUGGCGCGGUACCGCGACUUCGCCGGCUGCAGGGACGCCAGAAGCGGCGCUUUUUUCAGCAGCUACCAGGAGCAGGCCUCCGGCAGCGACCCCGGCCAGAUGAUGCUGGGUCUACCUGGGGACCUCCUCACCCGGAGCCACCCGUUCGGGGGCGCCGGGAGUCCCAAGGGAGGCGGCCAGCAGCUCGUCACGCAGUUCCUGGGGCUCUACAAGCCCUUCGUGCACCAGCACCGCGGCGCAGGCGCGGGCGCGGGCGCGGGCGCGGGCGCAGGCGCAGGCGGCCACGCGCUCCUCAGGUGCGCCAAAGUCAAGAGCGAGCUGGUGUGCAAGUGGACCCCGGACGGGCCCGGGAGCAAGGCGCCGUGCUCCAGAUCCUUCGGGAGCAUGUACGAGCUCGUCAGCCACGUGACCGUGGAGCACGUCGGCGGAGCGCAGCAGGCCGAGUGCGUGUGCGGGUGGGAGAGGUGCGCCCGCGACAGGAAGCCCUUCAAAGCCAAAUACAAGCUGGUGAAUCACGUCAGGGUCCACACCGGGGAAAAGCCCUUCCCGUGCCCCUUCCACGGCUGCGAGAAGGUCUUCGCCAGAUCUGAAAACCUCAAAAUCCACAAGAGGACGCACACAGGUGAAAAGCCUUUCAAGUGCGAAUUCGAGGGCUGCAACCGGAGGUUCGCCAACAGCAGUGACCGCAAGAAGCACUCGCACGUCCACUCCAGCGACAAACCGUACGUGUGCAAAGUCCGAGGCUGCGACAAGUGCUACACGCACCCGUCUUCCCUGCGCAAGCACAUGAAGCUGCACUGCUCCAAGGAGGCCCGGAGCGGCGCCGGUGUCGGCGAUCCCGGCACCGAGUCCCCGCUGCUCAGCCCCGUCCGCGACGUGGCCCCCGUGUCCCCGGGGAGUCCGGACGAGUCGAGGUCGCAGCCCCCGCCGGACGCGCUGUUGCUGCAGAGAGGCUCCCAUAGCGGCGGCUGCACCAGGGCCCAGUCCGCCCAGUACCACUGCGGCCAGGCCGGCCACACUUUCCCCUCGGCCCCGCACUUCCAGAAAGGCUUCGUCAACGGAUGGUACACGUGCCACAGCGGCGUGGACUCCUAACGCCAUCGGACUCUCAGUGGACAUGCCAUUAGGUACACCCUGACAGGACAGAACGCCGUGCAAUAAGUUCAUCAUUUUGCAUCGUUCAUCUUUCUAUCAUAGUUCGGUGAAAGAAAUCAAAUCGCCGCUGCGAGAUUCAAACAAACUCAGUCAAGGAUGGGCCGGUGUCAAACUCGAGGCCCGUGGAGCAGAUCUGGCCCGUCACAUCAGUUUUGGUCCUGCGACAUAAAGCAAAUCCUCCGCGUCCCCGUUCUUGCUCAAAUCUGACACAAAAUUGCGAAUUGUCUCCACUCUGAAAGUCUUUUUGUUGCCAAAUCCCUAGCUUUUGAAAAUAAUAUUGGAAAAUAGCUGAAAGAACUUCUAUUUUCCUUGACUGUCUGAUUUGAAAACGUAUCCGUGUAUCGUCAUAAUAUGAUAAGAUGAUCAUACAUUUACACGGUUUGCUAGUCAUAACGAACCUGCGAGGGAAACCAUAACUGCAAAAAAUGAGUUUCGCAUCUUCAUACAGUAUUCUUGACAUUUAUAGAAAAUGUUUCCUUGGCAUCUCAAUGAUCAUAAACGGAUCAUUUUACAGUUCUAGAUCGAAGUGGAUCUCACAGCUACUAAUGAACUCAACUGUGCUAUAUGGAACUAUCACCUUCCUAAAUGAACGGCAGUGGUGCACAGAAGUGCACAGCACAACCUCUUCAGCACCUUUAUUAUUAUUAUUAUUAUUAUUAUUAUUAUUAGCAUACCACUUUCAUGAAUGUAUUUUAUAGUGUUAUUAAAACUCUUGUAUUGGCUCUACUUAGUGCAGGUGUACCUAAUGAUGUGUCCAGUGAGUGCGUGUCAUAGGUCGAGCACUACGUGUAC